AUGAUCAAAGACGUGGCCGAGGAUCGAGUUGAAAACAUCAUCAACAAACUUGUCAGCUUCCAUACACGACAUACGCUAUCCACGCAAAACUCCACUACACGCGGAAUUGGCGCAGCACGAGACUGGAUCUACAAGGAAAUGCAGGCAUCGGCCGAGCCAUCCGAAGGCCGAACGAAAGUGUACUUCAACAGCUACAUCCAAGACGUCGACGGUAGCCGUAUCCUCUUUCCGGUCAACAUCACCAAUGUGGUAGCGCAGAUCGAUGGUACAGAUGACUCCAACCGACUCUACGUUGUGACAGGACACUACGACAGCCGAGCUUUAGAUGCUCUUGACUACGAAAGCUAUGCUCCUGGCGCCGAUGAUGAUGCUAGCAGUGUUGCAGUCGUGAUGGAAAUGGCACGCAUCUGCGCAACUAAGAAGCCCAAAGCCACUAUGAUCUUCGCCGCCGUAGCUGGCGAGGAACAGGGUCUCUAUGGUUCGGCCAAUCUAGCCAAGACUCUCAAGCAGGCCAACCUCAAUGUGGCAGGCAAUUGGAACAACGACAUUGUGGGAACGCGCAAAGGCCAGCCCUUCGCUCCGAUCAACGACUACACUAUCCGCCUCUUCGGUGCUAGCAUCUUCUACCCUAACGCAUCGACCUCCACGCUCCAACGAUCGAUCGCCAGGAUCGGCGGAUGGAACGAUUCCCCAGCUCAGAAUCUCGGCCGCUACAUCGCAGAGAUAGCGGCAGGCGCAGCGAAGUAUGUCGGCAUGCAAGUAAAACUCAUCUAUCGUCCAGACCGCUUCACAGAAGCACUCGAGGACUUUACACAUCAACAUCAGGACCCGCGCGUGCAAGAUGGUCAUCAAUAUGGUGAUUUGAUUGAAUAUGUGGACUUUGACUACACCGCUCGUGUUGCGAAGGUGAAUCUCGCGAGCAUGUGGUCUGCUGCCAAUGCACCUGCUGCACCUACGAACGUUACGAUCAUUACUGAGAUAGGGUCCGGAGCGAGUAGUCUGGAUGAGCCACUUGACCUGAGCUCGAAUGAUAGUCUGUUCUCGUGGAACGCUUCGAACGAUACAUUGACUGCGAGUCAUGAGCUGGUGUGGAGGUCUAGCGGUGCCUUGCAGUGGACGCAUCAGUUGGCUGUGGAUGGGUCUAGCGUCAGAGUGCCGCUAAGUAAGGAUAACUACCAGUUUGGCGUGAGGGCUGUGGGUAAGGAUGGGAGGAAGAGUCCGGCUGUGUUUCCUUUGCCUGCUUAG